AUGCCUGAGCAACUCACUCACUACGGAAGCAAGAUCAGCGUAUUCGCGCAAAGAACGGCCAUAGCUCUCCGUGAGGUCAACGCCGAGUAUACCGACUGCGAUGUCGACUUUGACAAUAAGCCUGACUGGUUCUUCCGCGCAAGCCCGGUGACCACGCUGGUCCCUGUGAUCGCUUAUGGAGGACCAGUUGCCCCACCCGAGCAGCCUUCCGCAGAGUCGGCCAAGAUCAGCGAGUCGGCCGUUAUACUCGAGUUCAUCGCUGAGCUCUUCCCGUCCGCCGCCGGGCUUCUGCCCAAGGAUCCCGUGAAGCGCGCCGCCGCACGCCUUUUCGUCAAGCUGCUCGAUACGAAGCUUGUGCCGCCCCAGUUCGCGUGGAUGCAAGACGGCGCGCCGCCGGAUGAGAUAUUCGAGGUGCUGCAGACGCUGCAGACGCUGCUUCCCGAGGAUGGGCAGGGUAAGUAUGCGGUUGGAGACGAGUUCACGAUCGCGGAUGCGGCGCUUGCCCCGAUGUGGGCGCGCAUCCGGCUCAUCGUAGGCAAGGGUAUCGGGGCGAAGGAGUGGGGCAGGGAGGAGCACAUUGCCGCUGCGAGUCGCGCGCUGGAAAGCCCCGAGUUGGCGAGGUUCGUCGCCUACGCGGAUCGCCUUCUGGAGCGCCCGAGUGUCAAGGCGACUUGGUAUGAGGACCUUAACGUUGUAUAUUGGUCCAAGAAGGCUGCGGCUCAUGCCCACGAGUAA